GCUUCCGGAAAGGGCUCGGAGUUUCCCGUCCGGCCUCCAUCGCCACUCCUUCACCCCCCGGGCUUCUGGGCCACAGAACCCAAAAUAAAAGCCCAGCUAUGAGUCUGCCUUUCCACGUCCGCCUAAAGUACAGUUGAGGACAAGACAGUGGAAGCAAUGCGGUGCCAAGGGCGGAGACGGGAGCCGUACUGGUGGGGCAGGAAGAGGCCAGGCUCCCGCCAGGGGCACGGAGGCUCCGCCCCCUUGCGUCACUUCCGUAAACAAAAGGAGUUGUGGCGGCGCUGGGUCCGGGAUGUGACCCCGGCUCUAGCUGCAGCAGUAGCGUCGGCGGCUGCAGCUGCGGCACUGACUUCGGAGACUCCGGGGUCUUUGCAGGUUGAGGAAGAGAACCCCCAUCCUCUCCUUCCUCAGGUCAUAAGAAGCUGGCCUUGGUGCAAUAAGGAACUUAGAGCAAUGGAGGAGCGGAAAGUGAAGAGGAGGAGUCCUAAGUCUUUUAGUGCCCACUCUACUCAGAUUGCUAGUGCCAAAAAAAAUGCCAUUCCAGUUAGUAAAAGCACAGGGUUUUCAAAUCCUGCAUCACAGUCAACUUCACAACGACCAAAGUUAAAAAGAGUGAUGAAAGAAAAGACCAGACCUCAGGGUGGAGAAGGAAAAGGUGCACAGCCUGCUCCCAUUCAGCACUCUUUUCUCACCGAUGUCUCAGAUGUUCAAGAAAUGGAGAGAGGGCUUCUCAGCCUUUUGAAUGAUUUCCACUCUGGAAAACUUCAAGCAUUCGGAAAUGAAUGUUCCAUCGAACAGAUGGAGCAUGUUCGGGGAAUGCAGGAGAAAUUAGCUCGCUUGAAUUUGGAGCUCUAUGGGGAGUUAGAGGAACUUCCUGAGGAUAAAAGAAAAACAGCCAGUGACUCCAAUCUAGACAGGCUUCUGUCUGAUUUAGAAGAACUGAAUUCUUCCAUUUGAACAAGGAAACAUGAUAGAAUACAAGAGCAUGGGCUUUGGAUUGCUUGGUUUCAAAUCUUGGUAAGCAGGUGUGUAACCUUGAACAAAGUUUGGCAACCCUAGUUUCCUCAUUUGUAAUAAUUGUUCUCUCUGUAUUCAGACUUUCCCUCCUAAUUUCCCUUUCUGUCAUCAGUUGCUUCUAUUAUUUCAGUCUCCAAGAUUAUUUAAAUUCCUCCUAUGACUAUAUCAGACAUUGCUACUUAACCAUGGCACUAUCUGCCAUUGAGCCUGGAUGUGGGCAGGAAAUUAUUUGCCAUUUCUUAAUUACAGUUAGUUGUCAGGCAUCAUCAAUUCUGCCUUUUAUUCUUCCUUCAUUCCCUACCCUCAUCACUUUAUUCCAUAACCUUUCAAAUUUCUUCUGUUCCAACCCUGGAGCUGCCAUACUGUCCAAUAUGGUAGCCACUAGCCAUGUAGCUACUGAGCAUGUGAAAUGUGGCUAAUAUAAAUGGAAAUGUGCUAGAACUAUAAUUUGUACACUGAUUUCAAAGAUUUAGCAUGAAAAAAUGUAAAAUAUCUCAAUAUUUUUAUAAUGAUUAUGCUGAUAGUUUUUUGAUAUAUUAGUGUAAAUUAAAUAUAUUUUUGAAAUUAUA